AUGGCACAGAAGGCAGCAACAAUUCCCAUCCUCCCUCAGGGACCUAGACCUAUAUACUGGCCGUAUACAGGGACAGCCGCCCGCAGUUCCAUGGUUAGCGACGCCCACCGACUCAGCGGGCCGCCCAAAGGCGACCCAAGCAGUGGGCAGGCCCCGCAUGGACAGUCCAUUGACUCCAUUCACCGGACGCCUUCGAUCACCGCUCCUUGCAAGGCGGAUGUGCCGUUUAGCGCCGGUUCCUGGCAGUCACGCACCAAUCUGCGCUCACCGCAAGCGCAUGAGUUCGCGUUCCAAACGGAUCGAGGCGAUCGACUGGCUGCGGUGGGCGGCUGUCGCAAUCCGCAAAGCCACGCAGCCCCGCCUGCUGUGGCGAGUGGGCCUGUCACAGCCUCAGGUCGAACUCGACAGAACUUCCAUAGGAUGGCAGUUGGACGCGACAAGAGCGCUGCCCAACAAACCAAUAACCCCAGCACAGACAGACCCAUCCAGCAUGGACUAUGGACUAUCGACUAUCGAGUCUGCUCACCGCCGUCGAGCUGCCACGACAGCACGGGCGUCAACAAGGCGGUGUGGCAGCCAGCCAAUCCAGAAUAUAGGAUAUCCACGGAGUAG